AUGGAAGAAAUGGAAGAAGUGGAAAAGUAUGUAAACCAUGUCCAUAACUUAACAGAGGAAAGAGAAGCAUCGUCUCACAGUUGUGAAGAGGAAAACAAAGAGCUUAGAAAUGUGGUUAAAGAGCUCCAACUGAAACAGGAAGUGCGAAUAAAAGAGAUUGAAGAAAUGUUGUAUAAAGAGGGCUUAUCUGAAAUAGCUCUGAGCAGCCCCAGUGAACAGAUUAUAUACUUAUUGGUAGAAAGAAGUACACUCUUGAGGAAACUGGAAACUGGGAGCCCCAAACCAGAGUCACAAAGAUGUAUGACCAGUAACCUACAGAAAGGACUUGCCCAGGAGAAAUUUGAGCAAAUUCAUCAGCCUCUGCAAAGAGAACAUGAGAAAUAUCAGGUACCUGUGUGGCAGCCUGGAAAAACUCUGAGUGAGUCCCGUAAUGAAGACCUGGAAAAAGAUAAAACUUCACAAAACUGCCUGGAGAGAAAUGGAGAAGAAGCAGCAGAGAAGUUAGGGAUGGCCCAGAAAGAGAUCCGAAGGCUCACUGAUGAGCUACAGGAGAAGGAGAAAGAACAGGGGAAAUUAGAUUCUGCACUUCAGAAGGCUCAGCUAGAAAUUGAGAAACUGAAAGAAAAUUUGACAAAGCUGAAAGAAAAAGAUUCGGUUGACCUACAGAAAGCAAGGGAACAUAAUCAGAGACUGGACAAGGAAAUUCUGGCUUUAAGAAAUCGGGUUCGAUCACUUGACUCAGAAAAAAAAGUGCUUGGAGAAGUGGUUGAAAGACUUAAAGGAGAGAUUUGUGAAUCUCAAGAGAAUAAGCAACUUGGAAACCACUCCCCUAGGAAAAGUGUGGGUGCUGAACGGAGAGAACAGUGUCCAUCAUCUGGAGAGAAGGUGAAAUACCAGCAGCAAGAUGGUGUAGACCAGCUUCGUCAGAAUUUGCACCGGCUCCAGAUUCUGUGUAACUCGGCUGAAAAAGAGCUCCGGUAUGAGCGAGAAAAGAACUUGGACUUGAAACAGCAUAAUAGCUUACUUCAGGAAGAAAGCCUUAAGAUCAAAAUUGAACUAAAGCAGGCCCAGCAGAAGUUAUUAGAUAGCACAAAGAUGUGCUCUUCACUCACAGCAGAAAGGAAUCACAGUCAGCAGAAAAUCAGGGAACUGGAGCUGGAGGGACUUACACAGGCUCAGAGCAUCAAAUCCCAGAACAACCUGCAGGAAAAGCUGGCUCAGGAGAAAUCAAAAGUUGCUGAUGCGGAGGCAAAGAUCCUGGAUCUGCAGCAGAAAUUAGAACAUGCUCAAAAAGUCUCUCUCUCCGACACUUAUAUUUUGGGGAUGAAGCAACUAGAGCAAAGGAUAAAAGAAGCACUGGAAAAUGAAGCUAAAACAAAGCAGCAAUAUCAGGAAGAACAGCACAAGAGGAGACUCCUGGGUCAGAAUUUAAAAGAGCUACAAAAGCAAGUGAGAAUCUUACAAGAUAAAAGGAAUCAACUGGAAAUAACCAAUUCUCAGCAGCAAUCCAGAAUUCAGGAACAGGAGGCCCAACUCAAACAACUGGAAGAGGAAAAAAGAAAAUCAGAAGAGCAUCUCAAAAGCAACCGAGAAUUAUCAGAAAAGAUAUCUGGGCUGCAGCAGGAGAAGAAAGCACUCUGUGAAGAAUAUGGGCAGUUUCUGAAGCAGCUUGAUGUCCAUGUGAGAAUCUGUAAUGAGAAACGUCACCAUCACAAAGCCAAGCUUUGCAGAGUCAAGGACCGUUUAAGUCACAAAGUAGAACUACGAGAUAAGAGAAUUGAACAACUGGAAAAUGAAAUCAGAGGUCUGCGGCAGCAAAUGGAAAAGAAAAAGGCAUUCCAGGAUGAGGUCACUGCUCAAAAUAAUAUACUGCUCCUAGAGAAAAGGAAACUUCUGGAACAAGUCACAGAGCAAGAAUUAAUCCGCAACAAUAAAUUGAUAAUAUCUUCAGUCCAGAUCAGAAAACAAUUUGUGACAUCCCUGAAUUUGAAUUAUUGAAUAAAAUCUUGCCCUUACAAGACUCC